AUGAGCCUCCCCUUGCCCACCGCAGAGCCCGAAGGCGUGGCGCCGCCGCUCGCCCCGAAGAGAGCAGGCUCGAACGGCCAGAUCAUCAGGGCCUAUCUGAUGGAGAAUGUUGCAGAGUUUCGGGAGCUCUCUGAUAUCCGGAAAAAAGGAUGGAGCAACCCGCAGGGAGACAAGUAUUUUGAGAGACAACGGCAGGCGGCCGACAAACCCAAUGAGAAGACGUCCAAGUUCUUCCACACGUUGAUGCUGAAGAUUGGAAGAGAGUUUCACCGGUCAACCAAGGCCUUCACCGCGAGGAAGGGUCUGCCCGGCUCUGGGGAGCAGACCACGGUGCUCGACAUGUGCAUGGCCCCUGGGGGGUUCCUGGAGAUGGCGCUGGAUCGGAAUCCCGGAUCCCGAGCUGUCGCCUUUAGUCUUCCCGUCGACAAUGGUGGACACGAGGUGCGCAUGCGAAGCGAGCUGAUGGACCGAGUGGAGGCCAAGUUCCUGGACAUCACGAUGCUCGCCGCGGACAUGGGCGUUGAUCAGAUCCCGCAAGACCAUCCUGAGGCCGGCGCCUUCUUGCCCCGACAGCUCGAGCCGGGCCAGAUGUUUGACCUGAUCUUCUGCGACGGACAAGUGCUCCGGACUCAUGCCCGGGCACCCUAUCGAGAGCCGCGCGAGGCCCGCAGACUGACGAGCACGCAGCUCGCCCUCGGGCUCGAGCACAUGCGAUUCGGCGGAACCAUGAUUGUGCUGCUGCACAGGGCCGAGGGGUGGAACACGGUGUGUCUCCUGCAGCGCUUCUGCCAGUUCUCGCGCGUGCGGCUCUUCAAGCCCUGGGCGGGCCACGCCAAGCGGUCGUCGUUUUACCUGGUGGCGACGGACGUGCGGAGCCGCAAGCCGGAGGCUCUCGAGGCUAUUGCAUGGUGGAAGAGGGUUUGGCGGGUGGCGACGUUUGGAAGCGACGACGAGUACGCCAACGUGCUGAAUGGUGAAGAUGUCAAGGCCGAGGAGCUGCUGGCCGAGUUUGGACCGGAGCUGGUGAGGAUGGGGAGGCCCGUCUGGAGGAUUCAGGCGCAGGCACUUGCCAAGGCGUCUUUUAUAACGGAACAGGAAUGA